UACAGCCACUCAGGCAACCAAACACACCCUAAGCUCCUCUUUCAUAAGCACAUUUCGCACAAAGAAAAUUAUGACCAUAAAGGAGAAGCAUAUUUUGAGAAAAAACAAUAAAAAUCAGUACAAAUCAAAUUUAGUAGCUUAAACAAUAAUUGAUACACGUUAUUUUAGGCCGUGCUUAAGAACAAUACAAAUUAAUUUAAGAUCACUUUUUGUACCAGCCAAUUUCGCUAAAUCCAAACUGGAAUGACUCUUCCAUCUGUCUUUGGACAUCCAUAGAAUGCACAGGCGUCCAGACUUUUAACUGAAGACGUUCUACUUCUUUUCUUCUUCAGUUAAAAAUGCCUCCCAACUAAAACAGCUGGAUUUACGGGCGAGCGCGUGAGAUCGCCGCAGCCGAGCUUGAGUUCGUUUCCAGCUCCAAUUCAGCCGGCGACAGCUCCAAUCCGAGUUCGGCAAGAAUUAGGAGCUCUCCCUGAAGAAUAAACAGCUGGAUUAAGGAAUGAGCGCGUGAGAUUGCCGCAGGGGUGAGCUUGAGUUCGAUCCCAUUUCCAGUUCAGCCGGCGGCAGUUCCAAUCCGAGCUCGGCAAGAAUUAGGAGCUCUCCCCUGAAUAAAUGGGCGGCGCCGGUGGGAGCAGCAGCUCCAAUUCGAUCUGUUCGCCCACCUUCCCGAUCUCCAGACCUAGAGACACCAUCGAUGGCGGCGAAGAUGCUCCAGCUCCGCAGCGCCGACGGCAAGGUGCUCGUCGCCCCAUCGUGGGACUAUCGCCCGGCUGCCGCCCAAGCCCUCCCGCUGCAGAUGCGGGUGCCCUCGCGCGCCCUGGAGAGGGUGCUCCAGUACUGGACCAAGCACAGCCUGGCCAAGGCCACCGGUGAGUCCCGGGAGUCCCUCGCCCGCUGGGACGCCGACUUCCAGCGCCGUCUCGAGGAAGACGGCCUCGCCAAGGAGGCCGCCGAAGCAGCCCAAGAACUCCGCCGCCACGGCGUCCACCGUGGAGGGCGUCCCCGUCGCCACGCCGCCACGGCCGCAUCUGAUGUCGCGGCUCCUGCCAAGGCCGCCCGUGCUGAUCCCGUCCGCGCCUGGUGUGGACUCGUUCAGCACCUCAGGGGUGUCAACCCCGGAGAACGCAGCCCCGCCCCGGCGAUGUCUGGCGCCUUGGAUGCCUCUGAUAUCGCCGCCGCCGCACGCCCUGGGCCUGCCACCACUUUGCCUGCCUCUGCUGGAGCUGACCCCGUCGACGUCCGGUGGGCCAUCCCUGCCCGCGCAACCGCGUCUCGUGCCCGUGGACUCCAGAUGGCUGAGGUCGAGGAGUUCACUUGCCACCACCGCAAGCGCCCGGCUUCCAAGAACUGCUCUUCGAUGCCUGCCAAUGCUGCUGCGCCCGUGAAGAUCUAUCGUCCCGUCGCUUCCAAGGCUUGCUCCUUCCUCGGCUCUACACCACUGCCUGCCCUUGCCACUGCUGUGAAGAAGGCGGCUCCAGCAGCUUCAACCCUGCGCGCAAGAAGGGGGAUGGGGGAGCUCAGCUGCAAGAUUCCGCACCAAAACCGUGUCACCGCUGCAGCACCAAGGAAGCAACCAAUUCCUUGCUUGAGUCCAGUGGUAUUGCGCCUUGGCUAGUCUUCUUUUAGCUUCCUAAACCAUUCAUACAUGAGUUUCAUUUAAUCUUUGCAUCUCUAGGUUCUGCACUUGCUUAGCAAGAUUUCUAUGUUCUUUGAAUCCCUUUCAGUCAUUAGUAAUUUUACAGAGUGUCAGCAGAGUCUCCAUCUAACUAGGCAGCAAAAACCAUGCUAAGAUGUGCACGACAUAGUUACACUACAUCCACACCUGGUCCUAAGUUAAGGGUUUAAGUAAAUAAAGGGCAUUUUCAGUCAAUAAAUCAAAAGUAAAGCAGAUGAGCCAAAAAUUGGAAACUCAUGUACUGCAAUUCCGGCACGAGACAACGUAAAACGCACUCGCUGCAAAAUGAAAAACGCCCGUUUGCUACCCGGCUUGUAGCAGGAAAAAGGAGUAGAAUUGAACUUAUCGAUGCACACGUAAUCAUGUGAGCUGCCUAGUGUUUGGAGACUGCUGACUUUCCUGUAAAAUUAAUCUUGGCUAAAUUGGAUUCUCAGGCAUUGGCGUCUUGGUGAGUUAAAGUUGUAGUUUCCGACGAGUAACAUUGGUUAGUGAACUCUUGUGUGUAUGUUUGGGUGAAGCUUUGAGCUAAGCAAGUCCUUGAUGUACUGACUAUCAAGUCAUACUGUAAUCAGAUUCAGAUAUGAAUGAAAUAUUGUUGGCCGGAA